AUGACCAAAUUGGUCAGAACAGGCACUCUGCACUUAAAAGCUACUAAGCAUUGGAAGGCGUGCUACUCUAGGAAGAGGCGCUGCACUCAGAAGGCGCGCUGCACUCAGAAGGGGCGCUGCACUCGGAGGGGCGCUCACUCAGAAGGGGCGCUGCACUCAGAGAGGGAGCUUCAUUUAGAAGGGGCGCUCUACAAACGUUUAACAAAA